AUGAGGGAAGCUGCAGGAAAACUUCUUCAGGGAACGUGUGGUUGGGCUUCCCCGCACCAGGCGCUGAGCAUCUACGGAGGCAAAGUCAGAGGUUCGGAAGAGCGACUGCGCAUCUACAGUAGGAAAGCGUUCGCUGCCCUCGAGAUUGAUACGACGACCUACGCAAUCCCUAACCCAGAAAGGACAAGGCUCUGGGCGGAGCUCACCCCGCCUGGUUUUACAUUCCUGGUGAAGGCGUUUGGAGUGUUCUGUGGAUCCGUCGACGUCGGCAAUCUCCCUAAAUCGACGAGGGCUGUGCUCGGAGUAGACCCGGCGGAUAGGAAGCGCGUGAGCUACUCCGACUUGUGCGAGGUCGCCAGGGAAGACCUCUGGCGUCGUUUUCACGCCGCGCUGGAGCCUUUGUCCGAGUCGGACAAACUGGGUUGCGUCGUGUUCCAGUUUCAUCUGUCCUCUUUCGGUCCCCACCGAACGAAUCGCGCACACGUCGAGCACCUGCGCGCCAAACUUUCACCCCGAAUAAAGAUGGCUGUGGAGUUUCGCGACCGGGCGUGGAUCCAGGGCGACGAGGCGUGCCGGACGGUGGAGUGGUGUCGAGCCAACGACUUCGCCCUGGUCGGCGCGGAUGAGCUGCUGCACGAGACCAUGCAGCCCGAUCGCGCUCAGACGGGGCUGAGACCGGGGGAGGUGCGACGCGCCAUGCCGACGCUACUCGCGGCGACGUGCGAGUGGGGUGCCGUGGUGAGGGUGCACCGCAGGCACGGGACGAGAGAGAGGCUGCUGGAAGACGACGAGAUUCGCGCUUGGGGACGAAGGAUCAGGGAGGUUGCGCCUCGGUUGAGAGGCCCGAUCUGGUGCCUGUGGGGAACAGACUGGAAAGACGCGGCGAUUGAGAACGCGGCUAAGCUAGCCGCUGCGGUGGGAGAUGAAAUCGCGUUUGACUGGAUCGGCAUGCAGAAGAAGGCGUCGAUGCAGGAAAAGGGCGGGAUCGCGAGCUUGUUUGCGAAGGCGCAAAAGUUCGAGCUCUCAGCCGAGGACAGGGCCGCCGACAGUGGAGACGUCCGCCAUCGCGCGCAUGUUCGCAGCUAA